AUGAUGAGUACAUUUGGUUAUGAUUGUUUAUAUUAUCAUAAAACGAUUAUGUUUCCUGCGUCAAUUUUAAUCUCAUUCUGUCGCCGUCCAGAGCUUGUUGAACAAUCAAAUGAUGUGGACAUGUUAUGUUAUGGACAAAUGAUAACAUUUAAAGAAUUAAAAAUCAAUAAUGUCAGUAUAAGUCAUUUAUUUUAUUGGAAUGCUGCAAUGGAAAUUAUUGAUUUAUAUGAAAAAUAUCUAAUAUUUCCUAAUCUUGUUAAUGAGAAUGAAUUUUAUUGUAAUUGUUCUCUUUUAUCACGAUUUGGAAAAUUUUGUCAAUAUGAUAUAAAUGAAGAUUUUGAUCGGGGACGAAGUUUAAAUAGUCUAUUAAGUAGUUUCGAUCUUACCCUUUUAAAGAACAUAGUGGAAAAUCGUUAUUUUACAUGUUAUAUUGGUAUUCAAUGUCAUACUAAUCUGUUUUGUUUGGAUUGGAGACAAAUUUGUAAUGGAGUUGUUGAUUGUGAUUUUGGAGAAGAUGAACCAGUUGAACUUUGCUUACAAAUGGAAUUAAAUUCUUGUGAUCCUGAAACAGAAUUUCGAUGUGAAACUGGAUUAUGUGUUCCCAGAGUCAAGACGCUUAGUGCUCUAGUGGUACUAUGUCCUGAUCAAAGUGACGCAGAUAUAGGAGUGCGCAUGUGGCUAGGACAUCUUUCAUCCAGAACAUGUCUUUUCUAUCCAUCUUAUGAAUGUGAUGAAUUGAAUCGUGGAUGGAAACAAUUCUCUUGUAAUAAUGGUCAAUUUAUUCCAUAUUCAUAUUUAACAUCAAAAAUCCCAAUAAUAUUUCAAAGAUGUAUUAAUAGUUAUCAUUUAAUGUAUUUACAACGAUUGUUUUUUGUACCAAAUAAAAAUCCAUGUUGGAUAUCAAUGAUUUGUUUAGCUGAUUUUGAUUAUUUAUAUCCUGAUGUCAAAUGUUUUAAUGAAAUAAUUCUCAAUAAUAUUGAACAAUAUUGUCCAAAUGAAUAUUAUUUUCCAUUAAAUUCAGUUGUUUAUUCCUAUGUUUACUUUUUAUAUGAUAAAUUAAAUCGUACCAAUUGGUUGGAUUAUACAGGCCCAAAUUAUAUUUGUUAUAAAAAAGAAUAUUGUCCAAAUCUUAUUUGGAAUUUUUCAGCAAUAAUAAAAAAUAAUUUAACAUGUUUUUCUAUUGAUCAAAAAAUCUUUUCAUGGAAGAACUUUUAUGAAUAUGUUAUUUAUUUAUUUAGUCCAUGUUAUUGGAAUUCUUCUCUAUUGACUAAUAUGAAUGAUAAAAUGUUGUAUAAAUGUGAUUUAAGUAAUACAUUUAUUUCAAUUUAUCGUGUCAAAGAUAAGAAACAAGAUUGCUUUUUUAAUGAUGAUGAAAAUCCAAAUAUAGAUUUAUGUUUAUUAAAUACAAAUGAUCAAUUGAAAUGUUUAACUAAUGAAAAUGAAUGUACAAGAGAAAUCUUUAUAAAUGAUAAUCAAAAUGAUUGUUUAGAUGAGUCAGAUGAAUAUUUUGAAUAUGAUGAAUUUCAAUGGCAAAACGAAUUUAUGCGUUUGUCUACUUCAAAAAAAAAGGAUUUUACUGCAAUUUAUCGUUUUCAGGAACUUUGUGAUGGUAUUGUGAAUUAUCAUCUAUUUUCUAAAGAAUCAAAUGAAACCGAUGAAGCUGAUUGUGAAUAUUGGCCAUUGUCAUGUAAUUCAUAUUAUACAAAAUGUGAUAGUAUAUGGAAUUGUGAAAAUGGUCAUGAUGAAAUUGCCUGUGAUGAUCCAUAUAUUCUUGCUCCAAAAAUACAUAAAAAAUUUUCUUGUAAAUCAAAUGAACAUUAUUGUAUUAAAUUAAUUAAUAAUAAUAACGAUAUAAAUAUCACUUGUAUAAAUUUAAAUCAAAGUGGCGAUGGAAUUAUUGAUUGUAUUGGUGGAACAGAUGAACAAUUAACAAAUAUUUGUGUGGAAAAAUAUCCAACUGAUCGUAAAAGACGUUUUUAUUGUAUGAAUAGUAGUUUAUGUAUUCGACCAGAUCAAGUGUGUGAUACAAUUAUUGAUUGUCCUUUUGAAGAUGAUGAACGUGUAUGUCCAUGGUUAUUUAAAAGCAAUUUAUCACAAUUUUAUUGUAACAAUUCUUUAACUCAUUUUGAUACUAGAUGUGGUUUGCAAGAACCGGGCGAUAACGAUUGUCAAAUGAACGAACAUAUAUGGUUUUGUGAUCUUUCAACUGUAAGAUUCGUACAUGCUGAUGAAACUUCAAUGUCAUUUGAAAGAUAUCCUCCAAAAUGUCAAAUUAUCGAAUCAAACUCGAUUAAAAAUUUAGAUUCUAAACAAUUAUUAAAAUCUAGUAAAAGAUCAUCACCAUUCAAAAUGACUAUCAGUAGUAUUGUAUCAUUAUGUAAUUAUGGUUAUCCAGUUCGUUCAUCAGUAUUAAAUAAUAGUUUCUUUUGUUUUUGUCCACCAUCCUAUUAUGGUGAUUAUUGUCAAUAUCAAUCUGAACGUUUAACUGUUAAGCUGCUGGUACAACCACGUUAUUAUAUGAAUCCUUUAACAGUAUUUCGUCUAUUUAUUUACUUAUUAGAUGAAAAUAAUCGAAUUCAAUCACAUGAUGAAUUUAUUUACAAUCACAAAGGAUAUAAUAUUAUCGCAUCACGUAUGAUUUAUUUAAUGUAUGAAAGAUAUGUUAAUCUUUCAUUAAAACAACGAACAAAAUCGAAAUUUGUUCGUCUUGAUUCUUAUAUAAUCAAACCAAACAAUAUUCAAUAUAUAUCAAGUUGGCUUUUUAAUGUUUCUUUUCCAUUUUUACCAGUUAAUAGAUUAGUUAUAAAUAUAUUUCUUCUUAGUGAAUCAUUUCGAAUAGUAUAUUGUAAAAAACGAUGUGGUUUACAUGGAAAAUGUAUGCAUUAUGUCAAUGCUAAACAUAUUGAAUAUUGUUGGUGUAAUCAAGGUUGGUUUGGUGAAAUGUGUCAUUUAAAAUCUUCGUCAAAUUUAUGUCAUUCAACAUCAUGUGCUCCUCAUUCUCAAUGUAUAAUUUUAGAUGAUGAGAAAAAACAAAUUAAAUGUAUAUGUCCAUUAGGAAAAUCUGGUGAUCAAUGUUAUAUUACUCACAAUGCUUGUUUUAAUAUUCAAUGUGGAAAUGAUCAAACUUGUUUGCCAUUCGAUCAACGGGAUCUUGAAUAUGCUUGUAUUUGCAGAAAUGACAGUAAUAAAAAUGCUUGUGGAACUCGUGAAAACACCUGGAACGUAUCUAUUGAUACAAAUUUAACUGAUUUAUCUACAAUACCUGCCAUAUUUAUUACACUUGGUGAGAUAUUCAAAUAUCAAUUUAGUGAAUCAAGCCGCAAAUUAUACAAAGAUAUUGUAUUACCAACUACUUUAGAAAUCGAAGGAAUAGGUUCAUAUGGAUUUGUCCAAAUGUUUCAUAAUUUAUCAAAAAGUUUUUAUUAUGCAAUUGCAAUACGUUCGGGUGUUGAUUACAAGUCUAUAAACACAUCUGUUAUAUCCAGAAAUUUAUGUUCAAAUGUCAGUGAACUAUUUAAUGAAACAGUUUUAUAUGAAUAUUCAUAUUUGAAACGAUUGAAAUUAUAUCAUUUACCUUGUCAAUUAAAUCACAAUUUACGUUGUUUUUUUGAUCAAUAUCGAAUGUGUAUUUGUACUAAAGAUCAUAAUUCUCAUUGUUUUCGCUUUUAUUAUGUUUAUGAUCAGUGUAACUAUUGUCAAAAUAAUGGAUUAUGUUUAAGACAAAGUCAAAAAAACGAUCCAUGGAUUUACACUUGUUUAUGCCCAAAAUGUACCUAUGGUGAAUUUUGUCAAUUUUCAUCCAGUAAUUAUUUUAUUACAUUAGAAAUAUUACUUGGUGCGGAAAUGAAAGGAGAAAGUGUCUCAUUUUAUGAACAAUCAACUAUUAUUCAUAUAACAUUAGCUAUACUUCUAAUUAUUCUUUUCUUUAAUUUAAUAUUCAAUACAAUAAGUUUAAUGAUAUUUUCUAAUCAAAAAAUUCGAGAAAUUGGUUGUGAUUUAUAUUUAUUAUAUUUGACAAUUCUUAGUGAAAUUGGUUUAAUAUUCUUAUUUUUAAGAUAUUUAUAUAUGAUUAUUAUUCAAAUAUAUUUAAUUGAGAAUCUUUUAUUUGUUGAAAUAAGUUGUAAAAUACUUGAAUAUUUCAUACGUUUAGUUCCAUCAUUAUUUGAUUGGUUAACUGUUUGUAUAUCAAUUGAACGUCUAUAUAUAAUGCGUAAAGGUAUUCAAUUUACAAGAUUAAGCGCAUUGAAAACUUUAAAAAUUUCACGUUGGGUGAUUUUAAUUGUAUUUUUAAUGAAUAUUUUAACGACAUUACAUCGUCCGUUUUAUUUAAUGUUAUUUCAUCAAAUGACUGAAGACGAUGAAUUUCAAGGUCAUCCAUGGUGUAUUUUUCAGUUUAAUUCAACAUUUUGGAAUACUUAUGAAAAAAUUAUUAAUAUAUGUCAUUUAACUAUACCAUUUAUAUUGAAUAUCUUCUCAGUGAUAUUGUUUCUAAUCUAUAAAACAAAAUUGGAAUUCAUAUCAUCAUCUAGAAAAAAGAGAGAUCCGAUAUUUUAUAUUAUAAAAGAACAAUUAUUCAAAUAUAUAUCAGUAUUAAUCAGUACAAUAAUUAUUAUUAUUUUAGAAAUCCCACGUCUUAUAUUUACAUUUACUUUUGUUUGUAUUGAUUAUUCAUGGCAAAGAUAUCUUUAUUUAACUGGUUAUUUUAUAUCAUUUCUACCGUUAACUAGUAUUUUAUUUAUUUAUAUAAUACCAUCACCAAAAUAUAAAAAACAAUUAAAAAUUAUUCUAAAUAAGAUAUUAUGUUUGUGUUUAUUUAAAAAAGAAAGCAGAAACUAA